AUGAAGCUUAUCGUAAUUUUUUCGUUGGUGGUUCUGUUUUCAUCGUUAAAUGCUAAUUCAGCAGAAGUUAUAAAACGUAGCAAUGAUAAAAAAGAUAAUUUAGCAGUUAUGCUUACAUAUCGACCAAAUAGUGAAAUACGAACCAGAGAUAAAGUUACCAACAAAUCAUGGACUUAUAAAUUAAAUGAAGAAGAUAGUGACGAAGGAAUAAAUCAGCAACUUCUCGAUGCAUUAAUAAAAGAAAAGUUUGCAAAAAGAUAUCGCCCUGAUUUAGACAAGCGAACUGUUAAACGUGAAAAUCCAUCUGAUGAUGAAUUCGAUGAAGAUUCUUCAGACCAAGUAGACGACGCUAAAAUUGUUGAAGUUGAAAACGGCAAUGACAAGAAGACGUGUUACAAAAGUACUUACAAAAAUGUUCUCGACGCUUUCGAAUCUGCUUUGAAAUCUCAAAUUGAUAACUAUAAGAAAUGUGUCUGCCAGAAAAAAUCAACAACUACAACAACUACGACAACAUCGACAACACCAUCACCUGAAUCUAGUGAAUUUAAUGCGAGAGCUUUGGUUAGCACAGAAGAAGAUCAUGACGAAGAAGACGAAGAGAAGGAACAUAAAAUUUUGAAUGAUAAUAAUGAAAACGAAUUGAAAGCAGCAAUUAAUCACAAAGACGACAUUGUUUGCUUUCAUCGACAAUAUGCAUUUAUGUUGACAAAGUUAUUGGAUCGUAUUCCAUGUGACGCUGCAAAAAAGAAGCAACAAAUGAAUCCAAGUAUGCUGCCUGAGUUUAGUCGUGGGUCUAAGAAACGUCAUGAAAGGCAACAACAUAUUAAUGAAGAUAAUUCCAUGGAGGAAGACAUUGCUACCGUUAAACAAAGUGCAAAAACAGCUAAGAAGUCUGUAAAAUUAAACAAGACUAAAACCGACACAGAUAAGCUUAACGAACAAAUUCUUGCUGUUCUUAAAGAACAUUUAGGUUUGAAGAAAAAUGAAAAAUCAAUUGUGAAAAAAUCGUCUAAGAAGCAAAUAUCUCCUAAGAAGAUUACAAUCAAGACGAAGGAAUUUAAGAAAGACAAUGAAGAAGAUUUUGACGAUGAAGAUGAUUUCGAAAAUGAUUUUUCCCAAAAGCAGUUUCUAGACAAACUUAAAGAAGUCUUCAAUAAAUAUCAAUCAAAGACUGAUGAUACAUUUCCAAUGCAAUCUGGAGAACAUUCCGAUGAGUCGACAUCUUCAAUGCCUGUACAAAAGUCUGUACAGAAGUCAACAGUCAAAAGGACUGUCUCCGAAAGUUCUGAUGAGUCGACUGAAGCUUCAUUCCGAAUCAAAAAUAGAAAAGCUGAAAAAGAGCGUCACCAAGUUAAAGAAAAUAUUCGAAAGACUUCCACAACAAGUAGUGCCAGUUCCAAACGAAACAAUUCACAUUCCAAGAAAAAGUCCUACAGAAACUCACCAAGAAACGAUGACGAGAGAAGUUCUUCGAUUGAGACUGAAGAUGUUCGACGAAACCACAACUUCAACUCCAAGAAGUCAAAACAUUCACGCUCAUCUUAUGACGAUCGAAGUGCCAAUGACUUUGCAAAGAAAAUAUCUGAUUUUGCGAGAAGUAAUUCAGUAAAAAAAGCUUAA